AUGGUAGCAAUUGCCCUGCUCUCACGAUGGACCACUUCUAACGUCACAGUCAAUGGUCCUCGUGACCCCUCAAGAGCGUGCGACCUCCCCUCAGAAACCCGCAAAAAGCUCACGAGCAAUGCCAAGGAAGGAGACAAAGCCUGCCCAACCGAGACAACCAAACGGACGCUUUCUGCCAACAAGAAUCUCAAACUCGUAUUUGAGGACGCCAAACCCGCGGGAGAUUGGAGAGUUCCCACCUCAUCGAAGAGCUCAUACCUCCAACCCACCGCUGGACGAUCUCAUGAUAGUGUCGCCGAUUUGCUUAGUCCUCGACUUUGA